CUCUGUCCUCCGUCUGUCUCUUCUCUCUGCUUUCACACACCCGAUCUGUGGAUCUCCUCCUGUGGGAUACCGUCAAUAAGGCAUCAUGAGGGACCAGGCAGCACUGUCAGUUCUCUGCCUGUCCCUGCUGGCUCACUGUUGGACGCACGUUUCUGCAGUGUCUCUAAACGGACUGCCAGAACCAGAUAAAGCAGAAGGUGAGUCUGAGGUCAGAACAUUAGACCGUUGUUCGGAGGACAACAAAGAAGCAGGCCAGCUGCAAGUAGAGAUCAUUCCAGCCUAUGCAGAGAUUGAAGUCGGUCAGCAUAAAGAAUUGUUGUGCAGAGUUGUUGGAGAUGCAGAGGAGAUCGACUGGUUUUCUCCUGAUGGCGGGAAGUUAUUAGGAAACAAUAAGAAACUCAGGGUGCACAAACAUGGAAAUUCACUAUCCAUUAUCAUUGUUCGCAAUGCCGAUUUGGAGGACGCUGGGAUAUACAAAUGUGUGGCGAGAAACAGAGACACAGAAUCACAAGCCACAGCCAAGCUUGAAAUUCUUUUAAAGAGAAUACGUAGAGAAUCGGAGAGAGAGGGUAGAGGGAAAAGACAGAAAGAGCCAAAGCCCACCAAGAAACCCAAAGCUCCCAAGCCCACCAAGAAACCCAAGGGUGAGAAGAAGAACAAGGGAGGGAAGAAGAAAGGCAAGAAGGAGGAGAUCAUCACCACCACCACCACUACCACCACUGCUGUGCCUACAACAACUCAACCACCCAUUGACUAUGAUGACUAUUAUGAUCCUGAACCUGACCAAUACUGGGACGAAGUAUAUACUGAGACAACGACGGCUGUAACCGAUCAGCCCCCAACAGAGAAAUUUACAGAAUUCCCCUCAGAUUUUCCUCCUGACACAGAUGAUUACCCUCAACCUUAUCCUGACUCAGAAGAUGAUGACUAUUGGAAGGUGGAUGAGCCUGUUCCUACAACCCCUGGGAAUACCGGUAGCCAUGACAAUGAUGACUACUGGGACCCCAGAUAUGAGGUAGCAGAAAACCUGCCGUUCCCUGAUGGUAAAGAGAUCAGCUCAACUGAUGAAAACUGGCAAUACAGUACCACAGUGGAGCCCACCGUCCCUUUAUUUGAGAGCAACUGGUAUGAAGAAUAUGAAUAUGGACAUGAAAAGAAGCUGGACGAGGAGAAAGAGAGAAUAGAACAAGAGGAAAGAGCGAGAAUAGAGAAGGAGGAGAGAGAAAGAGAGCCCAAAUGGAAUGAGGAAGAGGAAGAAGAGGAAAUCAGGAGAAAAAGACCUCCACCACGUGUGUACAAAGAACCCAAGAUAUGUCCACCUCUGGGGAUGGAGUCUCAUCGUAUAGACAACGACCAGCUGUUGACUUCCUCUGUUCAUCAUCAUCGCUAUGGGCCAAACAGAGCUCGUCUUAAUACUCAGGCAUCUGGAGAUCAAGAUGAUAUGAAUGGUGGGGCGUGGUGUGCUAACCCUGAAGAGAAGCUCCAUUGGAUUGAACUGGACGCUCGUACGCUGACCGAGUUCACUGGGGUCAUCACACAGGGACGAGACGACCCCAUCGAGAGUGACUAUGUGUCUUCAUAUCAUGUGGCCUUCAGUAAUGACAGCAGAGAGUGGACUGUUCUUCAUGAUGGAUAUGCUGAAUGGUUGUUCUUUGGUAACACAGAUAAAAGCACCCCAGUGUUGUCUCAGUUUAUGGAGCCGGAAGUGGCUCGCUACAUCCGCAUCUUGCCCCAGAGCUGGAACGGCACCAUGUGUAUGAGAAUGGAGGUUUUGGGAUGCCCAGUCCCAGAUACUCUCAACCAAUACCAGAGUCAGAAUGAGGUGACAGCCCGAGAUGACAUGGACUAUAAAUAUCACAAUUACCUCGACAUGGAAAAGCUGAUGAAAUCUGUCUCUGAUGAGUGUCCCAACAUCACCAGAUUCUACAGUCUGGGCAAGAGCUAUAAUGGUCGAGAGAUAUACGCUAUGGAGAUUACUGAUAACCCUGGUACACAUGAAACAGGAGAGCCAGAGUUUAGAUACACAGCAGGUUUUCAUGGAAAUGAGGCUUUGGGGCGAGAGCUUCUCCUGAUGCUCAUGCAGUUCUUCUGCCGAGAGUAUAAAGACGGCAACCCUCGGGUGCGCCACCUGGUGGAUGAGACCAGAAUUCAUCUGGUGCCCUCAGUCAAUCCUGAUGGCCAUGAGAAAGCUUUUGACAAGGGCUCCGAGUUGGGCAGUUGGACAUUAGGCCACUGGACCGAUGACGGCCAUGACAUCUUCCAGAACUUUCCAGACCUAAAUAACAUCUUCUGGGAUGCGGAGGACGCCGGCAUGGUGCCCAAACUGACACCAAACCAUUACGUGCCCAUCCCUGAGGGUUAUCUCUCAGGCAAUGGCUCGGUUGCGGUAGAGACUCUUGCCCUCAUCACCUGGAUGGAGGCCCACCCUUUCGUGCUCGGUGCCAACCUGCAGGGUGGGGAGAGACUAGUGACCUACCCAUUCGACAUGCGCCGCCUAACCAAGGAGUCUGAGGAGAAAGAGAAACGGCUGAACCCUAGAGCACAUCGACAGAAGCGACAGUACGAGGAGGAGGAAGAAGAACCCAACCCGUACCUUCACAUUGGAUAUCAUCAGGAGAGCUAUGGCAGCCGCCAGGAAAGCAGCCCCUAUCACCAGGAGACCUAUGGAUACCAUCAAGAAAACUAUGGGUACCACCAUGAGAAUCAGGGCUAUUCCGAGGAGAAUCAAGGCUAUCGCGAGGAGAAUCAUGGAUACCGUGAGGAGAAUCAAGGCUAUCGUGAGGAGAAUCAAGGAUAUUAUGAGGAGAAUCGGGGGGAUGAGCGUUCAGAAGGGCAUCAUGAGGGUUAUCAAGAAGGAUAUUCAGAAGGCUAUAGGGAAGGGUAUGGAGAAGGUGAAGCAGAGGAGGAGAUCAGGGUCACUGAGGACCAGUCUUUAUUCCGCUGGUUGGCCAUAUCUUACGCCUCCACUCACCGGACCAUGACUCACACCCAUCAGGGAGGUUGCCAUAGUGAUGACCCAACGGGUGGCAUGGGCAUUGUCAACCGUGCCAAGUGGAAGCCCAUCCCUGGAAGUAUGAAUGAUUUCAGCUACCUUCACACUAACUCUUUCGAGCUGUCUGUUUUUCUGGGCUGUGAUAAGUUUCCACAUCGGAGCGAGCUUUUCAGGGAGUGGGAGCAUAACAGAGAAGCUCUGCUGACCUUCAUCUCUCAGGUGCAUCGAGGAAUUAAAGGUGUUGUGAGAGAUAAAGAGGGGAAUCCUAUUGUCAAUGCCACAGUGUCUGUGGAGGAAGUCAAUCAUGAUGUCAGGACAGGUGAAUCUGGUGACUACUGGCGUCUUCUGAACCCUGGCGAGUAUCGUGUGACGGCCAGAGCCGAAGGCUAUUCUCCCUCCACACGUCUGUGCGUGGUAGGGUACGAGCCAGGUGCAACCCUGUGCAACUUCGAUCUCAGCAAGUCAAACUGGGACCGCAUCAAACAAAUUAUGGCUCUCCACGGCAACAGGCCCAUUCGGUUGCUAAGCAACGGCAACAGGGGAGGAGGAAGUUACAGCGGCAAUUUCGGUGUCGACACAAACCGGACACGUCUACGACAGUUACGACUGCUCAGACUCCGUCGCCUACGGCAACAGAGGCUGCUGGCUGCCAGAACGACGCCGCCCACCACUACCGUGAUCACCACGACCAAAGUUCUACCAACCACAGAGAGUACCACACCCUGGUUUGAUCGCUGGACUCAUGAAGAAAUCCUGGAGGGGAACACAACCGAGCCUGAAGAGAUUGAACUCACAGAGGCACUGGAAUACAACUACAAUUACAACAUAGACGAUUAUUAAAACCAAACGACGGAUAAAAAAAUUAUCCAAAGAUUGAUUGGUUUGGAACAGUAUGGUAUGCAGUCGGCAAUAGUUGCCAUAAUUUCACCCUUAUGUUAGAAAGGCUUCGGUGACUGUGAAGACAUGUGUAAAACGUUGGUGCAUAUAAAACCAGAGAAUUGUGGGAAGUGACGCAUAACUGGAACAGGCACUUUUGAAAUGACACAUAAGCUUUUUAAUUCAUAAGAUGAAAGUAAAUUAUGAUUAUGAAAUGUGACAAAUCUUUAAGUAACAAACAAUCACUCGUAUUUCUCAUAGUUACAAGUCUAUUGUAUAUUAUUCUUCUAAAACGUAAUGAAGAUUUCACAUACGACUACCCGCACAACACCCACUGAAUGAAAAUGGAAUUCAUGUUACAAAAUGGACUUUAUUAACCUAUCUUUUCCACAUAUAAGCAACCAAUGUGUAUUAAAGGCUUUAAUUGAAGACUAAAGGGUCUACAUUUGUCUCCAGAAGGAUCAAUGGCCUGAGGUAAAGGACACUUCCUUUUCAGUUAAUAAAGUCUUGUUUACAUAUUCA